AUGGUCAACCGCCUGAACGCCCGCAUCGUGCGGUUUGGUAUCUUUGCCGUGAUCUUGAUUGUGUGUGGGUACAUUCUUCUGAGGGGCCUGUCCUACGACACGGUGGUGCCUCUGAACCGGGAAAGCGCCGCCCAAGCGGGAUCGCAAAAGCAGACGCAACAGCUGGUGGUUGAAGCCAAGCCGAAGAAGAAGGGUAAGGUCAAGGCGACGUUUGUCACCCUUGCCCGCAACAAAGACUUGCAUGGGCUCAUGGACCUGAUCCGCAGUGUUGAGGAUCGGUUCAACAGCAAAUACCACUACGACUGGGUGUUUUUGAACGACGACGACUUCAAUGACGAAUUCAAAAAGUACACGCUGAACUUGGUGCUGGGGCAAACCCACUACGGGAAGAUCCCCACCGAGCAGUGGUCGUUCCCUGAAUGGAUCGACACCGCCAAGGCCGCCGCCGCCAGAAAGAAGAUGGAGGAAGACAAAGUCAUCUACGGGGGGUCGAUCUCCUACCGUCACAUGUGUCGGUAUGAACUGGGUUUCUUUUUCCGCCACCCGUUGAUGGAUGAAUACGAGUACUACUGGAGAGUCGAACCCGACAUCAAGAUCUUCUGCGACAUUGACUACGAUGUGUUCCAAUUCAUGAAGGACAACGACAAGGAGUACGGGUUCACCAUCACCCUCCCCGAAUACAAGGCCACCAUUCCUACCCUCUGGGAGACUACUCAACGUUUCAUCAAGGAGUUCCCGCAAUACUUGCACAAGAACAACUUCAUGAAGUGGGUGUCUGACGACGAAGGUGCCACCUACAACGGGUGCCACUUCUGGCUGAACUUCGAAGUGGGUUCGCUCAACUUCUGGAGAUCUGAAGCGUACUUGAAGUACUUUGACUACUUGGACAAGGCCGGUGGGUUCUUCUACGAACGUUGGGGUGAUGCUCCCGUCCACUCGAUUGCGGUGUCGUUGUUCAUGGACAAGUCGAAGAUUCACUUCUUCGGCGACGUCGGGUACUUCCACAACCCCUUCCACCAAUGUCCCUUCGACGAAGCGACGAGAAUCAAGAAGAAGUGCGUGUGCAACCCGGAAAAGGACUUCACUUGGAAGGACUACUCGUGCACUGAGGAGUUCCACACUAAGCAAGGUUUGCCCAAGCCCCAAGGUUGGGAAGCGUUUUCUGGCUAG